AUGCCUCCACGAAGAGCAGUCAGAGGUCGUUCUUCUAGGAGAAAUAUCGAGGAACAAGGGGUUCCUAAUGCACUAGAAGUGCAACCCCAAGGAGAGGUCACCAAGGCUGAAUUCCGUGAAGCUAUUCGGAUGUUAAGUCAAGUUGCGACCUAUCAAGUUGGAGAGAGAGAUAAUCGACAGGAAGUGGCUAGUACUUCAAGGAUCCGUGAGCUUUUAAGGAUGAACCCACCAAGCCUCACAGGUUCAAGUGUCACUGAGGAUUCAGAGAACUUCAUUGAGGACCUGAAAAGGGUAUUUGAUGUGAUGCAUGUUGCUGAUGCGGAGAGGGUGGAACUAGCAUACCAAAUGAACGGCGUCGCUAGAAUCUGGUUCAACCAAUGGAAAAAGAAUAGGGUUGAGGAUGCAGCAAUAGUGACUUGGGAUGUGUUUGAGAGUGCUCUCAUGGGGUGUUUCUUUCCCCGUGAGUUGCGAGAAGCAAAGAUAAAAGAGUUUCUCACCCUUAAUCCGGAGUCUAUGAGUGCUCAUGAGUACAUCAAGCAAGGAAGGCAAGGCAGCUAUGCUGAUAAGGAAUAUGGACCUAGCAAGGCUUAUGAUCCAUGUAGUAUUGCACAAAGUGGUAGUAAGCCUCCUGCAUGUACUAAGUGUGGUAGGAACCACUCAUGGAUGUGGCGUGAUGGCUCCACUAGUUGUUUCAAGUGUGAUCAGAAUGGUUAUUUUAUGAGGGAGUGUCUUGAGAACAGGCAGAGUAAUGGUAAAGAGGGUAAUAAGGCCCAGUCUUCUUCAGUUGCUUCACCAGAUAGAGGUGCACCUAGAAGAGCUACUUCAGACCCAGGAGGGAGUUUACCUUUUAAAGAGUUUAUCGUGAUUGUUUCAUUUUCGUCAAUCAUAGUAGUACCAUGGUAG